AUGGCCUCAUCGUCUACGGGUACCUCUGGUGAUGCACAAGCUAGUUCUAGUGGUGCCUCAGGUACUAGUGGUGUGAUUGGAUCAGACGGUAUCACGAUGAAUGACGGUCAUAAACCUGUCCAACCGAGUGCUACCGCAUUUGUCAGGACCAGGCUCAGCAGUGUAGCGGGGUGCCUGUAUCAAUUGUUGAGGGAAUUGCAAGUACGGGGACUUUCCUCUCCAUACACUGAAGAAUCCCAAGAGGUAAUCUUUUUCAUCCUUCUACCUAUAUACUUUGGUAACUUCGACAUCGAUCGUAGGAAUCCGUUCAAAUCUCUCAAGAAGAACAGAUCCAAUCUCUUCGUGCAGAAUACCGCAAUACUCUUCGCCUCUGUCAAAGUCUCUCACCGCGCAUGGGUUACUCAAGCCCGCCGUUAG